CUGACGGAUCCGAAGUCGCUCUCUCCGCCGCUCGACUCACUUCAUCUUUUGAUUCUGUCUUUGUAAAAGUCCUUCAACCUCUUUCACCAUUCCCCCCCAUCGAGGCUCCGCUGAUUUUCUGUCGUCCCUCGGCCUCCGACCCGCGCGGAGGAAGUGGUCACUGUUGCUUGCAGUCACCGCUGUCGUGAUGGUUCUGCUGGCUCUGGCCAUCGCGGUGCCGCUUCUCCUCCUGCGCCCCUCGGAGACCUCCGCUCAUUACUACGAGAUGAUGGGCACCUGUCGAAUGGUAUGCGACCCGUACAGCGCCAAACCUGGAGGAGGGGAGGAGACCCAGACCGUCAACGGCAUCGCACCGCUACCACCGAUGGCGCAAGGCAGCCGCGGGGUACCGGGGAGACCGGGAAAACCGGGACUCAGGGGUCCACCGGGAGAACCAGGUCCCCCGGGCCCCAGGGGGCCGCCGGGGGAGCGAGGCGGCAGCAAACUCGCUUUCCCCGCUUUGAGCGAAGCAGCCGGGGGAGAGCACGGCGAAACAGACCGGGCGAACUCGACAAACAGCGGCACCCGGGUCGCCUUUUACGUCGGCCUUAAGAACCCCCACGAGGGUUACGAGGUGCUCAAGUUUGACGACGUGAUUACAAACUUGGGGCACCUCUACGAUCCGAGCACCGGGAAAUUCACCUGCCACGUGUCCGGGAUCUACUACUUCACUUAUCAUGUGCUAAUGCGUGGAGGAGACGGAACCAGCAUGUGGGCCGACUUGUGUAAGAACGGACAGGUCCGAGCCAGUGCCAUAGCUCAAGAUGCAGACCAAAAUUAUGACUACGCCAGCAACAGUGCCGUGCUGCACUUGGACUCUGGCGACGAGGUCUACGUGAAACUGGACGGUGGCAAAGCUCACGGUGGAAACAAUAACAAGUACAGCACCUUCUCUGGCUUCAUCUUAUACCCUGACUAGGUCCAAUUGUCAACAGGAGUUCUUUUCAUGAAAGUACAUGGUUACAAUGUGUUUUUGUGUCCCUCAAAACACAAGCUGCUUAUGUUCAUGUUAAUUGAUGGAGAGCGUCCUCAGUGCAGAGGUGAAAAUGAUAUUCUACUGAAAGGCUCUGAAGGAUUAACAGUGCGUGAUAUUACUCGAAAGUCAAACAUCAGUCGGAUAAGCUUGUUCAAUUUCGCUGUUGAGACCUGGCCCUAUGUAGCUACAUUUCACAAAUUGAUCUUCUUACACAAUGACAUGAAACAAGCCAUCUAAAUGCAUCUAUUUAUUUGCAGCACCGUGAAUAAACUCCUCACCAACGGACCAGGUCUUUUUCAAUGCGAUCACACAGACUCCCGUCACAAGUAGCACAUGGACAGCUGCAAAAACCGAUACAUAUUACAUAUAUGUACAUAUCAAAUAUUAAUAUCUCUUCAGGUUUCAUCUUCUGUUGCAAUGAUUUAGCACUACUUCUCAUUGUGUUAUAUAUAGUUGCAGGCCAUAACUAUAAGUGUAAAGCUAAUCUUGUGAGAUGAAAAUAUCCAUAGUGGGUUUUUGUGUGUGUGUGUGUGUGUGUGUGUGUGUGUUUUUGUUUGUUUGUUUCUUCCAAACACAAGCACGGCAUCAAUAUCCAAAUUGGAACUAACACUUACCAAAGGCACAAACACACACGUCCAUCCUUCUCCAAUCAUCCAAAUUGCCAAGGGGAGCUGGACCCAUCUGAUCAUACACAACAGGGUCAGCAAAGGACAUGAGUGGAGUAAAAAAAAAAACUGUCAGAUUUACAAUCCAGAGGAUAAAAACAUCGAAAUAGUUGUGUUUUGUUUUUUGGGGGACUGUUUGUAUGUUUGUCUGUCUCUUGGUAAGCAAAAUGGUUUUGCUGCGUUUGAUGAAAUACCCAAUAAA